AUGGAAGACGGUGAGAACAUAUUUGAGAAACAAGCUGUUUCCAAGAGUCGAACAAAAGUUGGGAAGCCACCCACAAGGCUUCAAAAGCAUGCACCGGCGAAUCUUAAACUGGAUGAGGUGACAAACCCUUAUGCGUCGUCGUCCUCUGGUAAUGUCUCCAUAAUUCCUCUGUUAUCGCCGCUCAUUGAAUCGCCAAAAGCAUUGGCAGAGGGAGAGGAGCUUAAGUUCCCUAAAAGUAGGAAUAAUAAUGACAUAAAGUGCAGCGGUGAUGAGAAGAAAGGUGGUGGUGGGUCGUCGGUUGCAGGAGAAAGGGCAGUGGCAGACCCAGCAACUAUGUUUUCUGUUUUUAAAUCAAAAUGUGUGAUUAUAAAUGAUGCUCAAUGA